AUGUAUUAUCAAGGUGUGGUGCGCGGCAUCGACCCGAAAUUGACAAUAGAGGAACUGACAGAGGCAUUCGGUAACCCGAGGAACCCGCCGAUACUUGGCGUUAAGAAACUGGGCAACUCCAGUUCGGCAGUCGUCACCUUCAAAAACGAGACAGUUCCCAGCUGGAUGUACUGUUACGACGUACCUCUGAAGUGCGUGCUCUACAAGAAACGAUACGAGGUGAGCUAUUACCUUGAUGAAGACCAAGGCUGGGCGCACAACACCGUCGAAAUGCAAAAGGCUCUGGACGCAGCCAAGAGUCGGUGCGAGCCUCGAUGCUUCCUGCUUGUAAACCCUGCCAAUCCAACGAGCACUGUAUUAUCCGAGCAUCAGUUGCAGGACAUCGUCCGCUUUUGCUAUGAAAACCAGCUGAUAAUAUUAGCCGAUGAGGUUUUCGAGCAUAAUACCUACAGCAGCAAUCGUCCAUUCCACAGUGUCAGGAAGGUUAUGAGCGCCAUGGGCACUCCAUACUCGCAGACGCAGCUGGUUGUAUUUAAUUCAAUAUCUAAGGGCUUUGCUUCAGAGCUCGGGAUACAAGCAGGGUACUUCGAGGCCGUCAAUCUCGACUCUGUUGACCGAGAGAACUUACAAUGCACACCGUGGGCAACCCUGCCGCCCAUGUUUUCUCAGGUGGCUUUGGACUGUAUGGUCAAACCUCCACUUCCAGGAGACGCUUCGUAUGAAACGUUUGCUAAGGAAAAAGCAUUUAUCCUCGAAUCUUUAGCUGAACGUGCCAAGCUGGCGGAAAAGAGGCUGAACGCAAUUGAUGGAAUUUACUGUAGCCCAGUGUACGGCUCCGUGGCUGCCUAUCCCCGCGUGUCAAUUCCAACCAAGGCUAUCGAAGAAGCUCAGCGCCAGAAUAAAGAAGCUGACGUGUUCUACGCCGAGGAAUUACUACGCAGGAAAGGCGUUUCUGUGACGCCGUGCUCUGGGUUCGGGAGACUGCCUGGAAAGUUUCACAUGAGGAUCACGAUACUUUCGCCAAAGGAGCAGCUGCUUGAAAUGUUCGAUCGGCUGGAAAGCUUUCAGAAAGAGCUGAUGGCUCAAUACUCCUAACAGUGGGCCAUAAAUAGAGCAUUGUAUACAUAAAUAAUCUUCACCGUCACUAAAGAAUAAAAAU